GUGUUCGUACCCGGAAUGAAUAGGUCGGCCAACUAGACGAGUGCAAAUAACCUUUCACUAUCGCGUAGCCUCGCUUAAACUCUCAAACCAGUCUACCUGAUGACGUUCUAAGUAACACCGCGGCCAUGUUGCCUUACCGUAGUCAAACACAAGCCCUUAAGUCAAUUCGCGAAAACAGCGGGAAAACAUACGAAACAAAUACAAAGGUUCAACAGUGAAACUGUGACAAUAAAGUGAGAGUCAAGUGCAGAUCGCCUCAAGUGACCAACGUAUCUCCACAAGAAAACAAGACACAGCGACCAGUGAAACUCUCAAUAUGUGAUUUAAGUGUGUACUACUUCAGUGACCCACUUAAAUUUAAAGUCAAAUUGAACUGGUACACAAACAGACAGUGAACAUGUUGAUGUUGAAGUGACAAAAUGGUACCGUUCUGAAAAAGUGAUUAACAUGUCAAGUAAAAAACAGCCGUUUAUAAAACCAGCGAACGAAGCUUCUGGAAAUUCUUUACCCCCGAAAUACCAGCACCCUCCUCUGCCCCCUAAUUCGAUUAACAGCCAAGGUAUCCUGAAACAACCGCCAGUUAAAGAUGCCAAAAAUUAUCCAUUGAAAACUUCGGAGAAAACACCUACCAGUUUUCAACUACAACAGUUACAAGAGCAAGGUAAAUACUACCCGAAUAAUAUCAAAUUUUCGUAUCCCGCGUAUCCUCCCCAACACAGACCAGAGGAGUUGAGGCACCCUAACAUUGGCACUACCCAAGCGCAGAUCCAUCAAGAACUCAGACCUAUACCAUUGGAUGAACCUGGAAUUCCCCAAGUUCCUCACGGAGAUCCUAGGUUGCUGCACCAACAAACUCAUCAUCGACAACCCUACAGAUACGAGGACGAACUGUUAAGAGCGGAUAUGUUGAAAUUCGUGAGGAAACCGGAAGAAUCCAGGGUGAUAUCCAGCAACCAACAGCAUAUACAAAACAUCCUUGCCGAGCUCAGGUCUUUAAAAGAAGCAAAUCAGAGAUUGGCUGAUGACAACCAGGAGCUACGAGACUUGUGCUGUUUCUUGGAUGACGAUAGGCAGAAAGGUAGGAAGCUGGCUAGGGAAUGGCAACGUUUCGGAAGAUACACAGCUAGUGUGAUGAGGCAGGAGGUGUCAGCCUACCAGAAUAAGUUGAGGGAAUUGGACAACAAGCAGCAGGAACUGAUAAAGGACAACUUGGAGCUCAAGGAACUGUGUCUUUAUCUGGAUGAAGAGAGAGGUAAUCACUCGAUGUGUCCAUCCUGUGGUAGUGCACCCUCCGGUAAUCUUAGGGACGAUGGAGAUGGUUCUAGUUCUAGUACAAAUGCCGAUGAGCCAGGUCUAUCUCAGCAGUUUCCAGGGAACAACCAACCCCGUAGAUCUGCUAGUAGAGAAAGGAUUCUGCAUGAAAAUCUAGCCCGCCAACGGAGCACCUUUAACGAUCAGAUAAUGCAAUAUGUUAGAAGUCUUGAGCAACGAGUCAACGAACUCGAAGAGGACAAGAGGUCUCUAACCCUCAAAAUAAAUCAAAUAGCAACUUCAACCGGAGAUCCAACUCUGACAAUACCACAAGAUAGUGCAGCAGGGGGUUUGAGUGGUAGGCCAGAAGCUGUCGUCAGGGCUCUUCAGGUUCUUGAAGUAAGAGAGCAACUGGAGAGAGAAGGACGUAUGCCAAAUGAGAAUAGAGAUGUACAGGACAACUCCGGACAAGACAUGGAUGAUGGGGAGAAAGCACUAGUUAGAGAAAUGUGCAAUGUUGUCUGGAGAAAACUCGAGGAAGUUCCUGUUUCUCGAAGAUAGAUGUAGACCAACACCUUCCUAGCAAAUCAACGUGUAGCAUUGAAUUUGUACAAAUGUAGCUUGCCAAUGUAAUGAAUUAUUUAAAUGAAACUGUGUGAAUGGUUGAAACACGAAUUUUAAAUGGAGUUCUCAGAAAAGAACUGCUAUUUUAAUUUUCGUACUGUUUUAAAUCUUUUUAUUUAUUUUAUUUACUAUAAAGUAGUUUUGUUAUUUAUAUUUAAAUAUUUUAUUCAGACAAUAAAAAUUUCAGUUCCAAA